AUGCUGUUUGCACGUGGAAAUCCAUACGAAUCCGAGUCGAUAAGCUCGGAGAAUGGCAAUACAGCGGCGGUAAGCUCACUCUUAUUAUAUUUUUAAAUUUAAAAUUUUAAAAAUUUUCCAGUAAAAAAAUUGAAAUUUAAGAAAAAUGUUUUGUCGCGUAUUUUACAUUUUUUUAAUUUUCAGAAAAUCACGUUUAUCGCCGUCGCCGUGUACCUGGUGUUCUCCUGUGUUCUGAUCUUCUUUUACUACCCGAUCUCAUUCAUCUCACUCAUCAUUCCAUCAUUCCUCCUCGUUGUGGCCACGUUGGCCAAUAAAAUGGAAAGCAACGAAGAUUUAAUGUUUUGCACCAUCACUGCGGUAAGUCUUUACAUUGUUUUAGAGUGGGGUGGGUCGACAGGGUAGGAUAGGUUUAUAGGUUAGGACAGGGUAGAUUUUUAGAGUAGGGUAGUUUUUUUAGAGUCGACUUUCUGAGUGAGGCAGGUGAGGAUGGAUUUAAAAGGCAGGGUCCGUUUAAAGGUAAGGUAGAUGUUUAGUGUAGGGUAGAUUCACAGGCUAGGGCAAAUUUGUAAGGUAGGGUAGAUUUGUAGAAUUGGGUAGAUUUUUAAGGUAGGGUAGAUUCACAAGGUAGGGUAGAUUUACAGGGUAAAGUAGGUUUACAGGGUAGGUUAGAUUCACAGGGUAUGGUAGAUUAUCAAAAUUGUGUAGACGAACGGGGUAGAGUAUGGUAGGGUAGGGUAGGGUAGUCAUUAAAUUUCCACUUUCUUCGCAACUUUCGCAACAAAUUUCUCUCGAUCAAAUUGACCAUAAAAUUUUACGAGUUUUGUCGUUCUCUACAAAAACUUCAAGUCUUUAAAAUAAAUGAAACGUCACGAGGUCAUCAAAACUAAAAGUUAUGACAAGAUUCUUUGAAAUGAGCAAAGAUAGAGUAUGAUCAAUAUUAUUGGGUUCAGAUGAACAAUUGUCAUACUUUUUGAGGUAUUUUUGGCUUUUAGACAUCAUUUUUGAUAUUGGUGUUGAUGGCUUUUGACAAAAAUAAAAAAUUUUGAAAAAAAACUUUUUAAAAAAAAUUUUAAAAAAAAAUUUUUUUUUAUUUUAAAAAUUUUUAAAAAAAUCUUCAAAAAAAUAUAAAAAUUAAUUUUUUUUUAAUUUUUGUAACGAUCAUCUUACUAAAACCUCAAUUUUAGGUAAUAAACGCCCUGGUAAAGCUCUCAGCAAUAGUAAUUUACAUUACUGCCUUUGGACUGGAAGAAGAGAGUACGACGCCAAAACGCUCUUUAUAUAGGUCACAAAGGAAUGAAGAGCUGGACUAUCGAAAAUUAUUUUUCUAUUUUCUAAUUGGCAUUGAAAUUUGCAUAUGUUUGCUUAUCGUUUUCAUCCGGUGCAAUCUUAAAAUGUGUAGGAAUUCGUAA